AUGUUGUUUUUCAUAUAUUCAGAUAUUCUGAAAGAGAGGAAUUGGGACAGCGUUAUUAAACGGUAUGUUGCUUCAGAUAAAUAUCAGAUUACGACUCUAAAAGAUAAGUGUGCUUCGAUUUUGAUUGAUCAACUGUCAUCGAAAAAUGCUUGUGAGGUCUUACAUCUCGCUGAUAUGCAUUGUGAUUCAGACUUUCUGGAUGCAGUUCAAGAUUUCAUAAUCACCCAUGACGAAGAGAUUUUUCAGUCUGAAGAAUGGAAAGAGUUUAUGGACUCCCAUUCAAAAAUUGCUUGUCAGACUGUGCACAAGGCAUGGCUACAUCGCCCUAAAAAAACUGUAAAGAAGAUAGAUUGA